ACGUAACGCAACACACUUGUAUUGUAGUUGUUUAGGUAGCUCAAAACUGCAACUGCUCUUAAUAUAUUAGCAUAAUGUUGCUACGGAAGUAGACAAAGCAGCGUUGACAAAACUGCACGCAGUCCUUCCCUCCCCUGUCAGUCGGUCUGAGAAGAGAAGGUGUGUCAGUCAGCUCCUCCAGUCUGUUCUCUGUCACCAUGGCGCAUGUUGAAACAACCUCCAGCAGGCCUUACCACCUGGUUAUCUUCGGAGCCUCUGGGUUCACGGGACAGUUUGUGGUGGAGGAGGUGGCCCGGACCGUAUCCGAGGGUCCGAAAGGGAACCUGAAGUGGGCCGUGGCGGGCAGGAGCAAGCAGAAGCUGGAAAAAGUUCUGGAGCAGGCAGCCGGAGUCCUCAGUAAGCCUGAGCUGAGGACAGAGGUGGACAUGAUCGUGGCAGAUGUAGGAGCACCAGACUCCCUGGCAGCCAUGUGCAAACAGGCUGUGAUUGUUCUCAACUGUGUGGGGCCUUACAGGUUUUUUGGCGAGCCAGUGGUCAAAGCCUGUGUGGAAAAUGGAGCCCACCAUAUUGACAUCAGUGGAGAGCCUCAGUUUCUUGAGGGCAUUCAAUUAAACUACAACAGCCGGGCAGCUGACAAAGGUGUGUACAUCAUCGGGAGCUGUGGAUUUGACUCCAUACCUGCGGACCUGGGAGUCCUCUACACCAGGGACCAGUUCAAGGGUACACUCACAGCCGUGGAGAGCUUCUUGACACUCGGUGCAGGAUCUGAGGGUGGAUGUCUCCAUGAUGGCACCUGGCAGUCGGCCGUCUACGGUUUAGCUGACCACCAGAAGCUCCAGAGUCUCAGGAGGAAGUUUAAUUACAAACCUCUCCCAACUGCUGGUCCCAAGCUUAAACGCAGGGGAGCAAUAUUCUUCAGUAAUGAGAUCCAGCAGUAUACUGUGCCCUUCAUGGGCUCUGAUGCCGCCGUGGUGAAGAGAAGUCAGCGCUUCCUCAUGGAGGAGCAGCAGGCCACACCGGUUCAGUACGGAGCGUAUGCAGGAAUAGGUGGUCUCGGGAAUGUUAUCAAGCUGAUGAUUGCUGGCAUGAUGUUCUGGUUCUUAGCCAAGUUCAGUUUUGGACGCAACCUGCUCAUCAAGUACCCAGAGUUCUUCUCCUUCGGACUCUUCUCUAAGGCUGGACCGAGUAGAGAGCAGAUGGAGACUUCAUCCUUCCAGUUUGCCUUCUUUGGAGAGGGCUACACUGAGGGACAGGACCCCUCCCAAGGAAAACCUAACGCCAAGAUCCGCACACUGGUUCGGGGACCAGAGUGUGCAUAUGUGGCCACGCCCAUCGCCAUGGUACAGGUUGCUCUAACAAUCCUCACCGAGUCCGCAGCCUUGCCCAAGACGGGAGGAGUAUAUACUCCGGCAGGCGCUUUUGCAAAAACCACACUGAUUGACCGCCUCAACAAACACGGUGUCCAGUUCUCUGUCAUCUGAAGUUUGUCCCCCUGUCUGAUGUCAUUUCUCCAGGUUUUUCUCGGCACUUACUAAUACGCAUAAUAACAACUGAGAAGUUUCCAAAAUCAGAAGGCAACUUCAUUGCAAGAGCCUUGACUAAAUAUGGAGUCCACUUUCAGAUUUAGCUCUAACACCACUAUUGAUUGCACUUUUGGUGUUUAUCCUUUUCAUUUGAUCAGAAAUUUACUCCAACGUACUGUUUACCCUCUGCUUGUAAGACAAAAAUCUUGUCUGCGGCAGCGUUUUCAAGCCAAGGACAGGAAAAGUGCAUAAAUGGUUUAACAUGGCCCUCCACUAACCUGGUUAUUGCUAUUGAAGGAAGAAUUUUGGCCAGAAUUGGGUUCAGUUCAUAUUUUUCAACACAGGCAUUAAAGAAAAAUAUGUUAUUCGCAUUUGGAUUGGACAGAAACUUGCUGACUGUUCUUCUUCCGUUAGAGGAAGAAAAAAGGACACACUGUCAGCUGUAACAAUGUAGGAAAAGCCAACUUUUACAAUCUUUAUAAGUGUUGUCCUUGUAACAUACAGAAGCCUUAAAUGCACAAGGACAUUUCACAUUAAGUAGCACUAACAAGGUAGCUGUAUGUGUGUUGUUCUGGUUCGGUGGUGUAAGCCUGUCAACAGAGAAUAGAAACCUGCUGCAUGUGUGUGCACGUACAUGCUUGCCUUUCCUGGCCUGGCCUGUUACCUAAAACUCCUGAUUUCUCUAUUUUUGACAGUUUAGUGAUCGGACUAUCACUAAAUCAUCCUAAUUUGUUGAAUCUUUGCUUUUUGUCGCUGAACGUUGCAACAAUUCACCAAUCCAAAUGUUUGCUUUUGAGCCUUGUCAAAAAACGCAUAAAAAGGCAUGAGCUCCCAUAUGAUUCUUGUUUGAGCAUUAUGUGCUUGUGAUGAUCCAUACUUUGGGGUUUUGUUUUGGGGAUGUUUUGCUUUGUAUGGGCUUCAUAAAUAAAUCAAACUCAGCUAA